AUGGCGGACUCCCCCCUCAUCACCUUCAAAGCAGGCCGCUGCGACGCCGCCGGCAAACGCAUCACCCCCGAGCAAACCCCCGGCUACCUCUACCUCUACAGCGAAGACGACCUCAUCCACCUCUGCUGGCGACCACGCUCCCAACCAGUCGAUCAACCCGAACUGGACCUCAUCACUAUCCCCGGCGACGCCACCUUCACACCUUUAGUAAAAGAGGCAGGCGCCGAAGACGUCCGCUCGCCGACAAACGGGCGCAUCUUCGUGCUUCGAUUCUCCAGCUCGGGCGAGAAGCAAUACUUCUGGAUGCAGGCGAAGACGCAGCAUCGGGAGGGAGAUCUGAGCUGGUUCAGCCAGCGGGAUCAGCGGCUGGGGCAGAUUGUGGAUGCGCUGUUGAGUGGGGAGGAGGUGGAUGUGGAGCAUGAGGUGCAGGAGAUGAGGCAGAACCGGGAUGGCGGCGGUGGAGAAGGCGGAGGGAGUGGUGGCGGGGACGAGGAUCUGAUGGAUCUGGACAGGACGGAAUCGACAGGUGGUGCUGGGGCGGAUGCUACGGGUGGCGAUCCGCGAGAGGAGGGCGAGGCGAGCAGGGAGGGUGGCGCAGACGGCGGAAGAGCUGCCUCCUCCCAGCAACCACAAGACACAUCCUCCCUCGUCCAAAACUUCCUCAACUCCCUCGGCACCUCCUCCCAGCAAAACCAACAACAGCAACAGCAACGCGCCGACAAACCCUUCACCACCCUCCCCGAUCUCCUCACCCCCGCCACCAUGAUCUCCUACAUCAACACCUGCACCCCAGCCCAACUCGACACCCUCUGCACGCUCCUCCCACCCGAAAUUCUCCUCCUCAACCAAGAAUCCUCCGACUCCCUUGCUCCCUCCGCCGCUACACCCGCCGCAGCGCAAGCGGCAAUUGAGGCGCAGACGGCGGAGCAGAAGCGGGAGACUGUGAAGAGAGUCCUGCAUAGCCCGCAGCUGCAGCAGAGUCUGGGGUCUUUGACUGUGGCGCUGAGGGACGGGGGACUGCCGAUGAUUGGCGAGGCGUUGGGGUUGAAGGUGGAGAACGGGGGAUUGAUUAGGGGUGGGAGUAUGCCUUUGGGUGGCGGAGAGGCGGUGGAGGCGUUUGUUGAGGGGGUGAGGAGGACGGUGCAGGAGGAGGAGGGGGGGAAGAAGUAG